GUUUGAAAAAAAACGAAAAAGAGAAAGAGAAAAUAAAAGUGGAUGUAUAAAAGAUAUAAAACAAAGGCGAUUGAUUAAUCAAAAUGUGGUUGUUUUUUCUAAUAUUAGGUAAGUGUGCAUCAAGUAAUUUAUAUUCCAUAAUAGUACCAUAUAAAAGAUCAAUUCAUGGAAACACAUAUUGUAGCUAUUGCUUCGAGUAGGAAUAUAAUCGCAUUUCCACAGAACGAUUUAACCAAUUUGAACAAUAUUGAGAUUCAAACGCUACCUACCACAUUCGAAGUAGAUGGAUUUAUUUUUGAUGGACCAGCAAAUAGACCAUUACGGCAAACUUCCACAACUGUAACAACUACUUCUACAGCAGCUACUGUUGAUCCUCAAUUCGAUCAGUGUGUUGCAACAUGUCGUACGACACCCGAAUAUAAUCCUGUAUGUGGAACAGACCAAGUUGAAUAUAAAAAUCCUGGGCAACUAAGCUGUGCGUCUAUGUGUGGAAAAGAUGUUUCAUUAAGACAUUAUGGACGUUGCACGACUACGAAAAUAAGAGGAAGAUAACGAUAAUAGUUUGAAUGUUUUGCUGAUCAGGAAUAUUAAUAUGCAAAUUAUGAAUGUUCUCUGUUUAAGAAGACUGUUUUAACGCAUAGUUGCAUAAUUGUUUUUUCGUCCUUGUUUCAUUUUUAAUACAAGUUUUAAUUGAAAA